AUGUUCAACGACCCUCAGAUGAUCCAGAAGCUCGCAGCCAACCCCAAGACUGCCUCGCUGCUUGGUGAUGCCGCCUUUAUGAACAAGCUCAACCAGAUGAAGUCCAACCCCAAUAUGAUGGGUGAGGCCAUGCAGGACCCCCGUUUCUUGCAGGUCAUGAGUGUUUUGCUCGGUAUCGACAUGUCUUUCGCCGACCCUUCGCAACAGCAACAACAGCAGGGUGGUCAGCAGAGAGGAGAAGCUGAGGAGGAUGUUCCCAUGCCUGACGCCAGACCCACUCAACCCGAGCCCGCAAAGGCCCCCGAGCCGGAACCUGAGCCUGAAGAUGAGGAGGCUGCCGCACAAAAGAAGGCAAAGGAGGACGCAGACAAGGAGAAGGCUCUCGGUACUGAGAACUACAAGAAGAGACAAUUCGACGCUGCCAUCGAGCACUACUCCAAGGCCUGGGAAUUGUACAAGGACAUUACCUACCUCAACAACCUCGGUGCUGCCAAGUUCGAGAAGGGCGACUACGAAGGUGCCAUUGAGGCAUGCAAACAGGCCGUCGAGCACGGUCGCGAGGUCUUUGCCGACUUCAAGCUCAUCGCAAAGGCUUUCGGUCGCAUUGGUACCUCUUACGAGAAGAUGGGCGACCUUCCCAACGCCAUCGACAACUACCAGAGAUCUCUUACCGAGCACCGUACCCCUGAUAUUCUCACCAAGCUCCGCGCCGCAGAGAAGGCCAAGAUCAAGUCUGAGAGAGAUGCCUACCUGGACCCCGCAAAGGCCGAGGAGGCUCGCGAGCUCGGAAACCAGAAGUUCAAGGAGGCCGACUGGCCCGCUGCCGUCGAGGCUUACACCGAGAUGACCAAGCGUGCACCCGAGGAUCCUCGCGGUUACUCAAACCGUGCCGCUUGUUUGAUCAAGCUGCUCACUUUCCCUGCCGCUGUCGACGACUGCAACACCGCCAUUGCAAAGGACGAGAACUUCAUCCGUGCCUACCUCCGCAAGGCCCAGGCUCUCUUCGCCAUGCGCGAAUAUAACAGAGUCAUCGACGUCUGCAAUGAAGCCAUGGCCCACGACAAGGACGGCAAGAACACCCGUGAGCUUGAGCAACAGAUGCAGAAGGCCGUUCAGGCUCAGUACAGCGCUCGCGAAGGCGAGACUGAGGAAGAGACCAUGGAGCGCAUCCAGCGUGACCCUGAGAUCCUCUCCAUUUUGCAAGAUCCCAUUAUGCAGUCUAUCCUGCAACAAGCUAAGGGUGACCCAGCCGCCCUGCAGGAGCACAUGAAGAACCCCGAUGUCCGCACAAAGGUCCAGAAGCUCAUGGCUGCUGGUGUCAUUCGUGUUGGUGGCCGAUAA